CUUCACGAAGCUCGUGUGGAAAUCACCCAAGUGCAGGGGAUACGUCUUUCUCUUGAACAACCCGGGUCCUUUCCUGGAAUUUACUGACGACACAGAGGAUCCCUGGGAUUACGUGGGGAAGUAUUUACUCGUAGGACUUUCCGUGGCCGAUCUUGAUGAGUUCGUUUCCUCCAAGAAGGGAAAGAAGACAGAACAGAUCGUGGGUCUUGUGCAGGAGGACCCUGCGGAAUGGAAGGUGUACAGGAACCAGCUGUACUGGGGAGAAGGCGUCUUGCUCGCAAACCGGUGGAGGAAACGGGGAUUCACCUCCAACAAUGAGAUUUUCCCAGAAAAAAUCUGGAAUUUAAAAGGAGCUCCCAUAAAGCUGAUCACAUUCGAGUUCGAGCCCCACAUCAUGAGGGAGAAGAACAAGGACGGAACUCCGGGGCGCUUCUUCGGGAGUGACGUCCAGAUCGCCAUCGCCCUCUCGGAGGCUCUCAACUUCACCCUCGUCAUUGAAAGGCCACCAAAAGGGGAAUACUGGGGGAACAAGGCCCCCAACGGCUCCUGGAGCGGACUGACGGGGAAAAUCUCCCGAGACGAAGGCCACUUCGGGAUGGCGUCCAUCUUCCUCACCAAUAACUUCGACGAGCUGGCUGUUCUCGAAUAUUCCCGCUUCUACUCCUUCGACACCAGCUGCUUCAUGGCCCGCACAGAGCCUCCUCUGCCCCGGUGGCUGUCUCUAUUAGCUCCCUUCACGCAGAGCACCUGGCUGGCAGUUCUACUCAGUUUCUUCGUGUUCAGCCCAAUUCUCGCUCUGCUGGCGAAGGCGUCCAAUUUCUUCGGCUCCGAAGAGCCACAUCUGCAGUCCUUCUCGUACUCCAAUUUCUACACAUACAGCAUGAUAAUCAGGGUAUCUCAAAUCAAGGUGCCCUUUCGACCCGCUACCCAAAUUUGGUUCGUGUUUCUGUCCUUGUAUUGCCUCGUCGUGACCACGGGAUACUGCAGCAAUCUGACCACGUUCCUCACGGUAGAGAGACCUAGACCCAUGAUGGAGUCCCUCAAGGAGCUUUACGCUUCUCAACUGGACGUCUUGGCUGUAGGAUACUUCUUCAAGGAAUCCUUGGUCCAGUCUGGAAAUGCUUACUUGAAGGGUCUGGUACCUCGAUACAAAGGUUUGCCAAGUUACGAAUCGUCCUUCGACAUGCUGGAAAAAGGCAAGGGCGUUCUGAUGGCUAGCAACACGUACCUGGAAUACUUGUACUCAGCUAGCCUAGUUCAGCCGGGUAUACCAUCAGUGAGAAUUAUGAAGGAAUGUUUUUCGCCCUACAACAUAGCUAUCAUUCUGCAAAGGCAUUUUCCGCUGAAAAGAAGCUUUGAUAAAGUGCUGGCUUCACUCUUUGAUCAAGGACUUAUGCGACAAUGGUUCCUGGACACGUUUCAGCUGAAGAAAAUGAUGGGCUUGGAAACAGAGUCAUCCGAGGAAGACUCCAGAAAGAAGAAGGCCCAGAGGAGCGGGCCAACCCUCACAGGGGGGAUCCCCCUGAACAUGGACCACAUGCAGGGCAUCUUCUACAUCCAUCUGAUGGUCAUGGUCGUGGCCACUUUCCUCUUCCUCCUCGAGGUCUAUUGCUUCAAGAGAUAGUGGUCCUGUUUUAGAAGAAGUCGAAUGCGAAGCUAUCAUUUUUCUUCUGUCCGUUAUUAUUGGCCUGUGGGAAGCAAAGUCUAUUUUCGAAUGGUUGUUGUCAACAGUAAAUAAAUAUAAUUGAUAUAAGCUUAUAUAAUGA